AUGACACUGUUUGAAGCCUUGUAUGGUAGGAGGUGUAGGACUCCUCUAUGUUGGUAUCAAGAUGGAGAAUCAAUGGUUUUGGGGCCAGAGUUAGUCCUACAGACUACUAAUAAGGUGAAGUUAAUUCAAGAAAGGAUGAGAACUGCCCAGAGUAGGCAGAAAUCAUAUGUUGUUAAAAGGCAAAAGCCUUUGAAAUUUGCUGAAGGGAAACAUGUGUUUUUUAAGGUGACACCCACCUCUGGUGUGGGAAGGGCGAUGAGGGCUAAGAAGUUGACACCUAGAUUUAUUGGUCUUUAUCAAAUCCUUCAUCGUAAUUUUUUCCAUGACCCAAGUCAUGUGGUUGAGUUGGAUGAAGUUCAGGUCAAGGAGAACAUAACUUAUGAGAAGAUGCCGGUAGCUGUGGUUGAUUACAAGUUGGAAGAGUUGAGAGGCAAGUCUUUUGGCUUGGUUUUGGGUGAAAAUGGUGAAGAACAAGUGGGUUUUGUCAUAAACGGCUGA